AUGCAGUGCAAAAGGGCAGGAACAAUUGCAUAUGUCAGCGAGGUUGCCUGUAGAGAAGUGUUUCACAUCAUUCAGGCCAAAGAUGCGCUGCAAGCAAUGGAUGAAACGGAGUGUGACGAAAAUGUACCGCAAGUGUCUGUGAAGAAGCAGAGUGAGGAAAACAGCACCAUGCGACGCGACACUCUUUUCAUGCAGAACGAUGAAUUUGACCUCAGGUCGGAGUCGGAAAGCAGCUCCGAUGGCGACGAAAUACCUAUGGAAAUGGAUCUUACGACGGCGGGUCCACCACUGUCCGAUAAUGAUUCCGUUAUCGAACCUCCGGGUGCCCAAGCUAAAACAAUCAUGUAUGCUCGAAUGAUUUUGCCUCAUGUGGGUCUGGUCGUGCUGCUUGUAGUAUAUCUGCUUAUUGGUGCAACUGUAUUCCAUUACCUGGAAGCACCCAAUGAAGUCGAAACUCGCGAUCGCGAAUUGCGUACAAUAUUUGGUUUGCGCAGAGAUUUCCACGAUAUGAUUUGGAAUUUAACAGUCGCUGGUGAUAGUUUGUUCACACGUGAAUCUUUUGAUCUGCUUGGACAGCAGUACUUCGAAUCACUGGUUCUCGCAAUGUUCGAGGCGUAUCGCAAUCAGUUCGUCAAUGAGAAGCAUUUGUUGAACCAAACCAACGGGGAUGCAAUGCUCUGGACCUAUGCAAAUAGUAUCUUUUUCGCUACGACCGUCAUUACUACUAUUGGAUACGGUAACUUGGUGCCUGCAACACAGUUUGGUCGCAUUACAUGCAUCUGUUUCGCUCUGUUUGGUAUACCACUGUUGCUGGUCACAAUUGCUGACAUUGGCAAAUUUUUGUCCGAUUUUCUCAGUUUUCUUUAUCGGACCUAUAGGACAUUCAAAAGAAAGGUUCGUAAGCAGUCGCGUCGCAUAUCACAUCACUAUCGAGAUCGUAGCUCCUCGGCACAGAGCGGCUCCGAAUCAACCAAGGCUGGAAGCAUGAAUUUGGAUAGCAUUGAUAGCGAUUCAGAAUCGAGUUGCGAAGUAUGCCGUUUAUGUUUAGUUCUGCUUCCUGGCUUUGAAAGCUUUCUUUCAGACCGCAUUAAACUACUGCAGGGGCUUGCAUCUCUUCUUCUAAGACAGUGUGCCACAAUACAUCGGAUAGUGUCUGGUGUAAUGAGCUGA